AUGAAAUUUCUAAAGUCUUUAUCUUUAUAGCAGGACUUGAGUAUCGUUUUCAUAAUAUCAUAAUUAGAUUACAGGUCUUAAUCUAUGGAGUUCUUAGUAUUUUAAAGAAAGAAUAUUCUCACAAGACAUAUUAGAUGGUCUAAAAAAAUAUUAUGUUUAUUUAAACUUUGUGAAAUCAAUUUAUUUUUAAUAUUUAGAUGGGUAUGAGUAAAAUUAAUUUUUAGAAGAAACAAUAUAAAUGUCUAAGUUAAGAGCAUUUAUAGACAUGA